UGGUUKACGAUAAAUACGAUAAGUAAAAGGCGGUUUGUUUGCGAAGUGCGGUGAGCCAAAAUAUGCAGCAAAAUUCGGCGAUCCACAUGACGUCAUGCGUGUAAUUGGUCUUGUUGCUGAUUGGUUAAUGGUACAAUGAUGGACGGAAAGAUACCAAUUGAAUGCUACCUGUGUAAAUUUUCAAUUAGCAAAUUUUAAACUGUUUUGGCAUCCACUGUAAAGCCAUGUUGUGUUAUGAUGGGAAUAAUGUGACUCACUGUAAAGCCACGAAGGCAUGAACCAGGAGAAAAUUCCCAAUUUCAGAAGAGUUUUAUUUUCAAAAAGAAAAAUUAUUUUUCAAAUCAUGUAAACUGAUGUCUGUGUGCACGUCUGGAAAUUGGCCAUAGUCAAUCUUCUUCGUUUACGAUUUCUUUUUGYGGAGACUUCAUAUGUGUGUCUUAGAUAGCUGUAUUUUGUCAUUCAUGGAUGAGCUAUUCCGGUCUUUGUCGUGAGUGACAGUUCUAGAGUAAUACAAUGCCCUGGUGGUUCAACUCGAGUUGCUUUGCCGCUGAACUUGAGCAGGCAUCAAUGGCGGUACUGGAGCUAAGUCACUGCAGCCUCACAACUGUACCUUCGGAUAUCUUCAAAUCCAAAGAAGGAAAGCUUUUAGAAGAGGUUUAUUUAGAUGCCAAUCAACUACGCGACCUUCCUCGAGCUUUAUUCAGUUUACAGAACCUUCAAGUUCUGAACUUAAGUGACAACGAACUUACGAUAAUUCCUUCGGCCAUUUCAAACUUGGUAAAUCUUCGACAAGUUAACUUUAGCAAAAAUGGUAUUAUUGAUCUGCCAGAAAACAUCAAAAACUGCAAAAAUCUACAAGAGAUCGACGCWAGUGUGAACCCCAUUGGCAAGAUUUCAGAAGGUGUCAGCCAGUUAUURAACUUAACCCACCUGUAUCUCAAUGAUGCUUUCAUAGACUUUCUACCUGGAAAUUUUGGAAGACUUGGAAAAUUACAAAUUUUGGAAUUGCGUGACAAUCAUCUGAGGGUGCUUCCCAAGUCUAUGGCACAGCUUUCAAAAUUGGAACGWCUUGACAUUGGAAGCAAUGAAUUYGUAGAAAUGCCUGCAGUUGUUGGGUGUUUGCUUAGCCUGAAGGAACUCUGGAUAGACUCAAACUCUAUUAAAGAGCUUAAACCRGAAAUAGGACUGCUGAGGCAGCUUGUAUUUUUGGACRURUCAAAGAACAGGCUAGAGUGGCUCCCCCCUGAAAUCGAAUCACUUCAGUCAUUAACUGAUCUUCAUCUUUCUAACAAYUUAUUGAUUGAGCUGCCCGAGCAAAUAGGUUUUCUCAGUAGCCUUCAAACUCUGAAACUAGAUGAAAAUCACUUAGGGGAACUACCAAGUGGCAUAGGAAGACUGCAGAACUUAGAAGAAAUUGUUUUAACUUGUAAUGAGCUUGAGGAGCUCCCGUCGUCUAUGGGGUAUCUACGCAACCUCAGAGUUCUGUAUGCUGAUGAAAACUUUUUAGAAUCAAUACCAGCAGAAUUAGGUAGCUGUUCAUCAAUGACCAUACUGUCAUUAAGAGACAACAAAUUACAGCAUAUCCCAGAAGACAUUGGUAGAAUGCCGAACCUUCAGGUCAUCAACUUAGCAUGUAACAAAUUAGAAUAUCUUCCUUAUACAUUUCACAAACUGGACAAUCUGAAAGCCUUGUGGUUGUCUGAAAAUCAGUCCAAGUCAAUUGUCCCACUGCAGUCUGAGUAUAACAAAGCAAAAGGAACGCAUGUCUUGACGUGUUAUAUGUUUCCACAAAACCCUGUACCAGAAGAAGACAAUGUUUCAAUGAAUUCCGUUGAGAUUCACGAUGACAGGGAAAACGGUAAUCUCGACGCAGUGACGCUAGAAACAUUACCAGAGCCAUCUUCAACUAUCCCUCCACAGAGGUCGUCAAUAGUGUUUGAUAUCGACGAGGAUGAUUAUCUGGCUCGAUUAGCAAGGUUCAGUUCACCGUACCCUAAGGAUGUGAGGGACCGGGCAGCACAGUAUCUUGCAAGUCGACGACARCAAGUAGCACACGACAAUAACAACCAGCCAGCGGUAUCCACCAGACAUCAUCAUCAUCAACAUGAACAGCAAAGGGAUCAGCGUCAUCCUCUAAAUCCAGUAGCCAGCUCGGAAAUUGAACCAAAUCCACAGGASCCCCGCGUUAGUCAAGGUGUCCCGACUACUCGUAUCUCUUUAAAGGCAACCGUCCCAGAAUCCUCRCGAGAUAUUGCAACAGUUCCWGUUGUGAGCGAUUUCUCUCAAGGAGAACGUCCAUUACGAGAACUUCCCGACAGGGGGAUGGAAGGGACAAGAAUUAGACUAGGGAACGACGCACGGGGAACUGGUGAAAUCCCGUGGUAUGAAGAACCGCAACGUGAUUCCAGCGAAUCCGGAUCGGUCGUCUCUUUACAAUCAAACCAAAGUGCAUCAAUGAAUCCAAUUGGUCAAAGAAAUGUCGCUUCCUCUUCGAUUAGACCGACACUUACCGAAGAGACAUCGAUUGAAAUACGAAGAGAACCCGAGAGGCUGAUACAUGGCGAAAGUAGUACGAAUGGCGUCUUACUGCCCAAUGGUCAAAUGCCAAUCUAUCCGCCACAUACUCAAAAUAUGCGAGCUCCCCAAGCCGUCCCACCACCGGUAUACAGUAGUCAAACACAUCAGUCUUCAUCAAGUUACGCUUCAAGUCUGCCUUCCCAUUAUUCAUUUCGCGAGGAGGCGCCUAGUUCCAGUUCUUCCAUWAGAAACCCGCCGACGGGAGAAUGGGUUCAACACAAUCCUCGUGAUUCCCACGGAUCUUCGGUGAGUUACGAUGAUGUUCACUCCUUUCGUUCCGAAGAGCCGAGCAUGGUUUACGGAAAUAAUCGGAACAAUCAACCCGUACUUAGACCUCCGUCGUAUCACGAAGCCAUUGGGCACAGGAAUCCCAAUGAAGAAAUAGUCAAUCAUAUAUACGUCGACCAACUUCGUCCUAAUCCCCGAAGRACAAUCGAUACCACAUCGGAAAUCGAUCCUCGUUUUUCACCKCCWCCCGGAUACUCUACUAUAGAUCCACGAGURUGGUCCCAAGAAGGCUAUCCCCAGCCUCCUCGAUCGACCUAUGAUGGCACAAUGACUACCGGGGCRCCUACUUCCGGUUAUGUAACUUCCGGUAGACAGCCAGUGUCGUUAUCGCGACCUGAGGCAUCGCGGGUUACGCAAACCAGCCCAACAUACGCCUCAAACACCCAGGACACCGARCACUUCGAAGAAAGAAUGCGUCAGAUGCAAAUUCAAAGRAGAGAAGGYCGYCGUGUGAUCGACUCAACUUCRUCCGAUCAAGAUAUUACUUACGCACCCCGAAGUCCUACCGAAGAAGCUCGGGCGCCUCUUGCAUCACGUGAUGACGAGGAACAGUUUAUAGUUCGAAUACAUAAAAACCCCAAUCUUGGGUUCAGUAUCGCUGGUGGUAAAGAAUCCACAACGAAUCCUUACGACCCUGCAGACCCGAAGUGUAUCUACGUGACUAAAGUUCAGCCUGAAGGUCCCGCUGCUUAUUCGUUAAAACCCGGUGACAAGAUACUCGAGGUAAAUGGUAUCAAUUUAAGAAAUAUUUCCCACGAACACGCAGUUACGUUCCUAAAGAACAAUCAAAUAGUUGAUCUAUUAAUAUCACGUAAAGCAGAAGAAUUAUAAACGUAAGCAUGCGUAACGUAUACGCAGAGAUUACGCAGAUUACGCAGUCAAUGCGUAUAAAUACGCAUUUGUACGUAGGGUACACGCAGAGUUUUCGCACUCAAGAACUAUGGACACGCACGUGUAUGUAGUGUUAGGAUGUUAUGGUAAAGCUACAGUAACAUUACGAUCAAAGCGUUAUCUGAACCGGUUWCUAGAUAACGUAACAGUUUUACGCAACCGAAACGCGUAAAUCAGCAACUAUAAUGAAGUGGCAUAUUGUAAAGAACUGUAAGUGGUGCGUUUCCGUAUUUGCCGUAGCGUAUUCUUGUCAAUUGUACGGAAAMUYGCUCCAAACAGGCAAUUUUGGGGUGAAAUAUCAGUUUUACUGUGAUAUACAUAACUGAGAAAUAUCAAAGAUUAUACGGUUGUAAAUUUUUAUUGAAUUAGGCUCUGGAGAUGUAUAGAGGAAAAUUAUAUUAUGAUCGCCUGAAACGUUUUUAUUUUCACUAAAUGCCUACCAACUUUAGAGUACAAGCGACGACACCAUUGUGUUCUGAUAAUGUAGUUAGAGUAGUGCUGUACCCGAGAUACGAAAUAAUACGAUCAGUCUACUUAUCGGGUAUACUGUCAAGAUUGGAUCCAGGGGGGUGGGGGCAAAGGGGUGCUAUAGACCCCCUCCGAGCAGAAAAAAGUUAACUGUUUUUUAUUAUGUUUUUUUUUUUAAUUUUCAAUGUUAUUUAUGACAAAUAAAGACAAUUAAGCUCUCCUUUAAAACCAUUUGGAUUUCAGCUGGAUCCGUUCUUGACUUUACGAAUUACGAUCACUGCAGACUGKAGCCAAAGUGAAAACGGUCGCCAUAUUGAAUCGCGUUUAGRUUGUGGRAUGUCUUUCUUGGAUCCUUUUUUUGCUUCAUAAUUCGCUUUAAAAAUAUAUCUGAYUUUUCGAUGUUAAUCUCUAUAACUGCAUCGGAAAAAAAACGAUUCAAUAUGGCGGUCGUAUUUAUGAACUAUGAAAUCCCCUUUUAGCAGUGAUAACCACAAUGCAUUUCGAUAUGUGAAGAACCUAUCUUCGGUACUCGCCUUUUAAUGAAAUAGUUUACUACCACUUAUUAUAAAUGGUUGUCCGACAAUUCUCAGAGCGUAAUGCAUACUGGUUUAAUUUUCGUUUGUUAUAUACUGAAUACUAUGAAAAAAAUAAAUGUAAAGAAAUGCCACAGAAAAUAUUACACUAGAAUUUUGAAAA